CCAAACAAGAUCACCCAAAAAAACUCCUCCCAAACACAGAUUUAUUUUACAAGUAAAGUUCUUUUAAUUUAUUUGUUUGGAGUGAUUUUAGGAUGGAGGAUAUUGUAGUGACGGAAGCUAAUAUUAUAAAUCUUAGAUUAUUCAAGUACCCUAAAAACUAUCAAAGUAUUGUUGAUGAAGAAUAUGAAAAGGGAUUGUUGUUGUUAAAAGUAGGGCAUACCAUCUACCAGGGUUUACCCGAAAGCUUACGUGAAAUUAUCGGUGUAGAUGAACCGAAAUUCGUUAGAAUUGACUUCGAUCCGUUGUAUUUCUUAUACAUUGACGACGAAAUAAAAUUGCAAGUUCUUCUGGCUAAAAAAAUUGAAGAAGCUAGUGAUGAUACUUCACGCUUAUCGAUGGGAAUAUGGUUUGGUGAAGAGGUUGCGCAAGUUUUAGCCCAGGAAAUAUGUGGCUACAUGCGAAGUUGUUACUGCGUUCAAAAGAGCAGCAAUGUUGAUCACGAAAUUAAGUCGAGAAAAGAUUCAAUGGCAAUCGUUGUGGAUGUAAACAUGGUAAGUGCUACCAUGAGUUACUUGGAGGCCAAGCAAAAGAAGGUCUUGUUAAGUAAAAGUAACGAGGGUAUUACUAUCAACUAUUCUUGUGAUGAUGAUGAUGAUGAUGAUGAUGAUGAUGAUGAUGAUUAUAAUUACAAGGUCAAGAACGAUUGUACGAAACUUGUCCAACAAGUUAAGUUAUGGAAAGGAGUGCCGCAUAAUGAUAAAAAAAGAUUGAGAUUAGUUCAAGUGAAGCCUUUACACAAAAUUGAAGAGUGUAAUUGGGAGCGUAAUGGAUUUAGUACUAGUACUUAUAUACCUCGGAUUAAUGGUACAAGUGUACAAAAGGAUGAAGAUUGCCCUAUUUGUCUAGCUGGUUUCUCUGCAGAAGUACCCAACAGCAAGAUAUUCAAUUGGCUUCCAAGUGCUAAUUCUUGGUGUAUGGUACGGCUGUGUUGCGGUCAUAUUUUCCACUAUCGGUGUAUUUUCAAGUGGCUCCCUAAGACACCUUCUUGCCCUAUUUGUCGUACAAGUAGUGUACUUAAUGUCGCAUAGGAUCAUGCCAUGUUGAUUUUACACGCAUCAUUGUUUCUAUUAGGGUAAUUGAAAUUUAUCAAGUUUUCACUAAUAACAUACUACCUCCGUUUCAAAAAGAUCUUUACAGUUACUAUUUGCACGGAUUCCAAUGCAAUAUUUAACUACUAAUAUAUCCAAUUUCAUAUGUGAAAAAAUUAUAAAAAUUUGAUAUUCUGAAAAUACGUACAUCUCGACACCAAUCUAACAAGAUCUUACAUGUAAUGUUUUGAUGUAUAUAAUGGUGAAAAUUUACGGUCAAAGUUUUUAUACUUUGGACACAUUUUUCAAAGCGUAAAGAACUUUAUGAAACGGAGGAAGUAUUACUCUGCCACGUUUGUUUAAUCAAUAGUAUCACAUGUUGAUUGAGGGC